GACUAUCUGGCCUUGUGAUGCAGUUAACUUCGCAGCCGAGCAAUUGAAAAUUUCACCCCCAAAUUGAAAACCUCGAAGCCAGGGUUCGAGGAUUGAGAGAAAUGCGAAGAGAGUUCCAUGGUUCCUCCGAAGAUGCACUAGGAGGCUCGAUUCAAUGGACCAGAGGCUGCCUAUGAAGCUGCAAAAGGGGCUGAUUGAGGGGUGCGAACAUUAAAGCUGGUGCGAAGUCACUCGAAGAGGAGCGCGAAGCAUGGGUAGAGUGGAGUCUAGAUAAUGAUGCAUCCAAUGCUGCUGUUCUGGUUGCCAGUGAAGCACAUGCCAUAACUUUGGCAGUUGAAGGCCUGUUAGGAGUUGUCUUCACUGUUGCAACUUUAACAGACGAAGCCAUAGAUGGUGGAGAGAUAUUCUCUAUAAUUUCUGCUAUUUUUACUUUUCCAUAUUGUUUUUUUCUUUUAGAUAUGCUACUCGAUGACCUACUUCUUCUAUGUCCAUCCAGUUUGAGUAUCGUAGAUGUGAUAAUGAUCCAUCUGUGAAUAUGGUAUGGCAAAACUACAGUUCUCUAUAUCUCAAUGGUUUAUUCACUGUGAUGCAUUAUCCCUUAUUUUAUCAAGGUUUGUUUUUCUGCAUAGACAAAAAAAAACGACACUGGUUGAAAGGUCUUGCACCAUUCAUUUAACAUCUAUGGACAUUUUGAUUAAGUAAUCAUGUUGAUCUUGCAUGCAAAAUUUUAGAACAAUGAGAAAUGAAUAAGCACGAUUGGUGUUAUUUUAGUAUCGAGUCAUAUAGAUAAAGCACCUAAGCUUCUUUCUGAUUCAUAUGAAAUUUUAAAUUUGAACAACAUGGUCAAAUCUUGAUAAUCUGCUGGAUUGUAUGAGUAAAUUUAUCAUAUAAAACAUAGUUUAGUACUCUACGACAGUUUUUACCAUCCUGGUUAGAAAUAAUCUUAAUUAACCAUAUAUUGUUUGUUAUGAUUUCAAUAUAUUUCUUAACAUUUGACUUGAGGUUAAUUUGAAGGUCACAUGGGGAGGCCAUUGUUUUAGAAAUAUUAAAGGGAUACCAGCAUUUACUCAAGCUUGUGGGGUUCUACCAGUUGUAGAACCUUUAAACUUCAUCUCUUUUCAAAUUUACAAUCAAUUUUCGUAUUGAAACAGAAAGAAAGAGGUAAAUGUUUUAAGUCUGUUAUUAGUAGUUUUUGUUUUCUUUCAUUAUGGUGCUUUUCAUCAAUUCAAGUUUACAUUACGGAGAUUUUAGCUUAAAUUUGAGAUUUUAGCAGUGCUUUGCCGUUUCCUGCAUCAAAACCAUCAGAACUGUCACUUGAUCAGAGGGAUUAUGUUGUGCUUACUCCUAACAAUGUGCAGUCACGUGAACUAGGCCUUUUUGAACAUUUCUAAUUGGCCGCAUAAUGGUCUGACCGCAUCCUGGGUCCUGGUGUUGGUGGAAACUCUGACAGCUUUAUAUCGGGCAAUUCAUUCUUAACAUGCCUCUACUCAGAAAUGGACAUGUCAAAUCCUGCAGCCUUUGUCAAUGCAGAACUACUGCACUUUUAUGUUGGAAGGAGGGUAAGGGCCCUGAUGCAGGUUGUGCGAUCUGAUGGUGGAGUCGUAAUUGGAAAAUCAACAGAUGAGAAACAGCUAGUAGUAAAAGGAUUUCCUCCUGCUCCUCUUACAACUUUUGUAGAAGUUUUUGGUAUUGUUAACAGUGAUAAGUCAAUUGCUGCUGAGAUAUGGACCAAUUUUGGUGAUUCCAUUGAUAUGUUCAACUACAACAAACUCUGUCAGCUUGCAAAUGGAGAACUUAAAUACCUGUUCCUGUGAGUUAUAACAAGCUUAUCUGGUUAUAUGAAGGUCUCUAUCAUGUGGAACACUAGGAGACAUAACCAUUAUUUUGGCAAUAAUGUUUCUCAUUUUUUUUCUGAUAUUAAGGUGACAAUGAGGUGUCAUGUCAUGCAAAACACGCUCCUAUGAACUAGGUCAAUGCCAGUGGCUUAACUUGUAACAAUUUAAACAUUUAUUAAUUUUCUUGGUAAAUAGUUUGAUUGAUUAUAAUUAAAAUCUUAUAAUCUUUCUCA